UUAGAUGCACGCCUGCAUACGAAGAGGCAAGAAAAACAAAUAGACAUAAUGUGGCGUUUUAAUCUGAUAAACACUAUUGCCGAUCAGGCCAAUUGGAUAAUUUCCUCGGAUGUGGCCAUUGUCAUAGCCGAUAAGUAUCCGAAAGCGCAACAUCACUAUCUGGUGCUGCCCAAGGCGGAAAUUUCGUCCGUUUUUAAUCUGACCCGAGAGCAUUUGCCACUGUUGGAGGAACUGCAUCUGCUGGCCCGCAACGUUGUCGAAGUGCGCGGCCAGCAGUGGAAUGACUUUAAGGUGGGCUUCCAUGCCGAGCCGAGCCUGGAACGCGUGCAUUUGCAUGUGAUAUCCCAGGAUUUUGUGUCGCCAUGUCUAAAGAGGAAAAAGCACUGGACCUCCUUCAACACGGCACUGUUUGUGCCAUACGAAGAACUGCGCGACAAGCUUCAGUCGGAAAACAGUUUCCAGCGCCUGCCGCCGCAUGCGUACCAUAAACUGCUGGACUCACCGCUUCAAUGCAAUCAAUGCGAACGCAUAUGCAUAAAUUUGCCCAAACUUAAGGAGCACUUGCUGGAGCAUCUUCUAAAUAAGAGUGACGGACAGCAGAAAAGUGUGAUUUACACGAAAAUUGAAACAUCCAAAGACAAAAUUAACAUAAUGGACGUCACAGAGAAAAAUAAAAUAAAAAUGGAUCAUAUAAAGCAGAACAUACGCAACGAACUGAGGAAGAAGAUCUUGGACAAGAAUCACAUUCUUAUCGAAAGCGACAGGGCGGUGGUGGUGAAGGCCGACUAUCCCAAAGCGCAGUACCACUUUCGUGUGGUGGCCAAAGAGGAUAUCGAGGAUGUGACCAAGCUGACCAGCGAUCAUCUGCCGCUGCUGGACCACAUGAUGGAGCUGGCCGUCCAGAUCAUUGGGAAGCAGGACCACUUGCCGUCACGCAAUUUUCGCAUUGGCUUCAAGGCGGACCCGUUCUGGGACCGGCUGAACAUGCACGUUAUAUCCGAUGACUUCUACUCCCUGUCGAUGAAGCGCAUCAAGCACUGGAACAGCUUCAACACCGAGCUGUUCCUGCCUUUCCAACAGGCCUACAUGAUGCUGGACAGUGAGGGCGCUAUUGAGACCCUCUCCGAGGUGGAGUUCCAAAAGCUGAAGGAACAAACGCCUCUCCACUGCAAUCAGUGCGACUUUCAGUCCCCAUUGUUGUUGGCUCUGAAGGCCCAUCUCUUCACUCAUUGGCAGGACAAGGAAUCCGAACGUCGGACAAAAAAGCAAAUGGAAGAUAUUGUCAAGUUGCUGGACGAAGCAAAACUGGAGGACACCGCCAAGCCGGAAGCGGCAUCAUCCCGCGAGGAGCACGAGAUCACCGCCAGCACCAGUCAGAAGUCUAUGGAUCAGAACCAGCCAGUGGGUGCCGAUGCCAAUGCGUACCACCAAUGCGGGCCACUUGUAAACUUGAUGAAUCUGCAGCACAUCAAUAACCCAUUCAGAAACACGCCGGCUCGUUUCGGUAUAGCCGCGAAGACUCAUCCACAGCCUACAAAUUCCAUGUAUGCACCGCGUCCACAUCGGGCCGGCAACCCCUUGGCCUAUGCGCCGCGACCACAGCAGGGCGGUAACCCCUUCAGAAACAUGCCGCCGCGUCCACAGCUGGGCGGAAACCGCUUCGGACCGCAUUUAAAUCGCUUCGGACCGCAAUCAAAGGACAUGAGGCCUAUGUUUGCUGCACCCAACCAACAGCCUAGAUUUGGUCCAAAACAACCACAGAAUCAGCGUCCUCGUGCUCCAAAUCAACCACAGAACCAGCGUCCUCGUGGUCCAAAUCAACCACAGAAUCAGGGGACUCGUGCUCCAAACCAAUCGAAGUUCCAAUAGAAAAACAAACCCAAAAACAAUAGGAACAAACCGGCUGCCAAUGCGGGCCAGCCUGCACCGAUGUAGGGGCUACAUCGAUCUUGCAAGCAAGGUAAAAGACGCCUUCUAGCGUGUGCCUUAUAAAUGGUAACAAAAUCUAUAAUUUUUAUUUCUGAAAUACUGAAUCCGAGACUAGAAACUAUAUAUCGAAUAUAAUACCAAAACGAAACUAAAACUCAUACAGGAAACCAUUGCAAAAGCAAUUUAGGAUUAAAUCAGCAUUUUUUAUAAGGAACGACAAUAAGUUAGCGUUCAUUCCAUUUAGACUAUCUGCCAAAAACAUAAACUUCCUAAACAAUCAAAUAUGUUCAAAAAUAGAUUACAAAUCGAAUUUGAUGUAAUUAUUUGUAUGCCUAAAUGUCAAAGGUUUGUCUCAAUAAAUAUCAGACAUUACAAACGCCA